UCUGAGGGGGCAAUGUCUGGGAGGGGGGUGUAGGACUCGACUCCUGACGUAUUUCCACAGCCACCACCCUGGACGACACUCAGCAUAAAACGCACCCAAAGCCCACCCCCACACUCCACACCUCCGCCAUGGAGUCCUCGUUCGAGCAGCGGCGCCAGGAAAUCCUCGCGAAGAAAGCCAAGCUCGCCGAGCUGAAGAGGCAGCGCGAGCUGAGGAGAGAACAGGCCGGCUCCAGCAGACAGUCCACGACCGCGAGUCCGCUAGGAGAGGUACUGUCGCCCACACCGCGACGGAGCCAAGACCUCGAUCGCCGAGCCGACGUCGACAGUCUCAUAAACAACAUCCUUGGAGACCGCCGACCAGCAUCGACACAGCCCGGCUCGCCAGCUGUGCGAGCAACACGGCCGACCUCGGUCGUUAGCGCAGGACAGCUGAGCAGCGACAAUGAGCCAGCAUCACCAGCACGGUCCCGCAUGGUCGACGGAGAGACGCAGACAGUAUCCAUAGGCCCACUCGCGACCGUCUACGAAUCUGCUGGCGACGGGCAGGUCACAGCUGAAGCUAACACGCAAAAGGAGGUAAUCACAUACAGCAAAGGUGUGCAAGCAAGCAUAGACUGGACCCCCCCAAAGCCCCGAGGCGCCGGCGGGAGCGACACAGAGCGCGACGAGAGCCCAACACGGUCACCAAGGAGUAAGAGGCUGAGCCGGAGACAGAAAGAGCGGGACGAGGAGAUUCGCAAUCAACUGCGAAAAGAAAUCGAGGAGGAGAUCAAGACUGCGCAACAAGCGCCGCAAGAUGGCGCAGUGGCGAGCUCGGACGAGAACUACCCUUUCAAGACACUCACAAACGAGGAGCUGACUGCGGUCGAGAACUCAGAUGACUUCAUUGGGUUCGUGGAGAGGAGCACAAAGGUGUUAGAGAGGGCCUUGGACCAGCAGCUUGGAUACGACAUUCUGGCAGAUUAUGCGCUUGACGGAAUAGAUAUCGGUGACGAAGACGAGCGCUACGGAGCAAGUGCGGGCAAGAAGGGCAGGCGCAUAAAAGAGAUUGCACAGUUCUGGGACGAAAGAUGGAGCAAGAAGAGGAUGGUUUCGGAUCUGGGAUUCUCUACAAAGUUCCCAGAGCUCGUCCUCGCAUCCUACACGAAGAACCCCUCCGCUCCUCAUGAUCCGGACGGUCUGAUCCAGGUCUGGAACAUGCACAUGCACGACCGGCCGGAGUACAUAUUCCACGCCCAGUCGGAUAUUCUCACAGCAAAAUUCUCUCCCUUCCAUCCGAACCUCAUCAUCGGCGGUGCGUAUUCGGGACAGGUCCUGUUGUGGGACACUCGUGCAAAGUCAGCUCCUGUACAAAAAACACCUCUGACAGGAUCUGGACAUACACAUCCUGUCUACUCGAUAGAGAUCGUCGGAACACAAAACGCAAACAACAUCAUCUCAUGUUCCACAGAUGGCGUCGUCUGUGGCUGGACGGUGGACAUGCUUACUCAACCACAAGAGUUCCUCGAACUUACCUCACCCCCACCAGCAAAGACCGACGACAUGGCAGUAACCUGUGUUGCCUUCCCACAAUCAGACCCAACAUACUUCCUCGCCGGUACAGAGGAAGGCUCAAUCUACCCUUGUCACCGCUACGAUCGCGCAGGCGCGAAGGCAGGUGUCGAUGGGCGAGUCAAGUACUCUGGCCACGUUGCUCCAGUCAUGAGCUUGGAUUUCCAUCCCACAAAAGGACAAAUCGACCUCGGUGACCUCGUCCUGUCUUCUAGCGUGGACUGGAGCGUCAAGCUGUGGAAGGUUCGUCCACCAGCGGCGACUGGCUCUGGCAACGCUACCUUACCUGGUGCCACACAGCAGGUCGUACCGGUCCUUGACAUCGCGCGCGAAGACCUCGUCUACGAUGCACGUUGGUCGCCUGUCAAGCCUUCCGUGUUUGCCCUCGUCGAUGGGGCUGGCAGUCUUGAGGUCUGGGAUAUCAACGUCGAUACUGAAGUUCCUGUUCAGUCGAUCAAGCCGAGCGACAACAAGAGAGGUGCUUUUGCAAAUAUGCCGACAGGCAUGGGCUACAUAAACCGCAGUCUCAACAAAGUGGCUUGGGAGAGGAACGAAGGCCGACGCGUUGCUGUUGGUGGCAUGGACGGCGUUGUCACAGUAUUCGAAGUCGGCCAGGACUUGGGUGGUGUUGAGACGAGGAAUGAAGAGUGGAGUGGUGUGAAGAAGUUGGUGAAUCGAUUGGAGGGCCACGGCGAAGGUAUCAAUGGCAGGUAGAACCGCCGUUCGACAGUCACAGAAGUGGAUCCCUUGAGGCGAGUGAUUAAUAUUAGUCCUCAGGGUGUUAAGUCGUGGCGCAAGGCAGCAUCUUUGGAGGAGUCUGAUACUUAGUCAACAUACCCCUUGUGCUUUCGGAUAGAAUCUUGUGCAAUUAUGCAA